CUCCUUUUCAGUCUCCAAGCUCUCUUCUGCGGAACUUACGGUUUUGUCUCUGUAGAGUAGAAGCACGAAGAAAAAAUGAUAAAGAGACGAUUUUACAAGCUUGAGCAUGGUGAUAAAGACAGUGGAUCCGACUCAUCUUGCUUCUCUUCUGAUUCUGAUCCUGAGACAGAGGAAUCAGAAGAAUCUGAAGAAGAAGACUCUGUUGCAGAAGUUUCUGAGGAAGAUGAGGAUUCAGGAGAUGAUGAAUCCCCAGCUGCUGACGAAGACGCUGAUGUUGAGGAUGUUGAUGAUAACUCGGAUGCUGAUGACUAUGGUGGGACAUUGGAGAAGAUGUCAAUGAAUCGUUAUUUAGAAGAACCACCGGAAGAGGUGGAAGAGAACUAUAUUCUAGGUUGUAUGAUACAAUCCAAAUCGGUUUAUAAAUGCAGAUAUUGUCCAACCGUUGUUUGCUUGAAUGAGAACACAAUGCAAGCACAUGUUUUAUCAAAGAAGCAUGCCCGUAUGGAGAAAUUAGUGAAAGAAGGAAAGGUCAGAACCGAUGAUGAAGAAGGUGAUGAUGAUCCAGAGACAGCAUCUCAGGAGAAGCAGACUAAAGGAAACAGAAGAUCACAAAGACAGGGAAAGAGAUCCCAUAAACAGGAAAAGGGCUCAUCAACCAAACAUGAAGAAAGCGAAGAAGUUGACGAUCCAGAGACGCCAUCUCAGGAGAAGCAGAUAAAAGGAAACAGAAGAGCACAAAGAGAGCAUAAGAGAUCACAAAAACAGGAAAAGGGUUUAUCGACCAAACAUGGAGAAAACAAUGAGGUUGACAAUCCAGAAACGCCAUCUCAGGAAAAGCAGAUAAAAGAAAACAGUAGAGCACGAAGGCAGCGUAAGAGAUUAGAAAAGCAGGGAAAGGUUUCAAUAACCAAACAUGGAGAAAACGAAGAAGUUGAAGAUCCAGAGAUGCCAUCACAGGAGAAGCAGAUAAAAGGAAACAGUAGAUCACAGAAACAGCUUAAGAGAUCAGAAAAACAGGAAAAGAGUUCAUUGACCAAGGUAGGAGAAAACGAAGAUGCAUCGCAAAAAUCAAGUGAGGUCGAAGCUCUACUGAGUUUGAAAUCAUCCACUGAUCCUUCAAACUCAAUUCCAUGGCGAGGAACAGAUCCUUGCAACUGGGAAGGAGUUAAGAAAUGUAUCAAUGGAAGAGUCUCAAAGCUUGUUCUUGAGAAUUUGAACCUCACUGGCUCACUCAACCACAAGAGUUUGAACCAAUUGGAUCAACUUAGAGUACUUAGUUUCAAAGGCAACUCUCUCUUUGGCUCAAUCCCUAACCUCUCCUGUUUGGUUAACCUCAAAUCUCUUUAUCUCAAUGAUAAUAACUUCUCCGGUGAGUUUCCUGAAUCACUGACGUCUCUACACCGAUUGAAAACCGUUGUUCUUUCGGGAAAUCGGUUUUCCGGAAAGAUUCCUACCUCGUUGCUCCGUCUUUCCCGCCUUUACACGCUUUACGUUCAGGACAAUCUCUUCUCUGGUUCCAUUCCUCCUCUCAACCAAGAAACUCUCAGAUUCUUUAAUGUCUCGAAUAAUAACCUCUCUGGCCAUAUCCCACUUACACAAGCUUUGAAUCGGUUCAAUGAGUCGUCGUUUACCGGUAACAUUGCUCUCUGCGGUGAUCAGAUUCAAAACUCCUGCAAUGACACAACCGGAAUCACUUCAACUCCAUCAGCAAAACCAGCAAUCCCUGUAGCCAAAACGCGGAACAGAACAAAGCUCAUCGGAAUCAUUUCCGGAAGCAUUUGUGGCGGAAUAUUGAUACUUCUUCUGACAUUGCUUCUCAUAUGUUUUCUUUGGAGACGGCACCAAAUCAAAUCCAAGAGAGAAGAGAGGAGAAGCAAAGCCGUGGCAGAGUCAGAAGGAGCAAAGGCGGCUGAAACAGAGGAAGGUACCAGUGACCAGAAAAACAAAAGGUUCUCAUGGGAGAAAGAAAGUGAAGAAGGAUCAGUGGGGACUCUGGUUUUCUUGGGAAGAGACAUCACGGUGAUGAAAUACACCAUGGAUGAUCUACUCAAAGCUUCAGCGGAAACGUUGGGAAGAGGAACGUUAGGGAGCACUUACAAGGCGGUGAUGGAGUCUGGAUUCAUCAUCACUGUUAAGAGGCUCAAGGACGCGGGGUUUCCUCGAAUGGAUGAAUUCAAGAGACACAUUGAGAUCCUAGGCAGGCUCAAGCACCCUAAUCUGGUGCCUCUCAGAGCUUAUUUCCAAGCCAAAGAAGAAUGCUUGCUCGUUUACGAUUACUUCCCCAAUGGAAGUCUCUUCUCUCUUAUCCAUGGAAGUAAAGUUUCCGGGAGUGGGAAGCCUCUUCACUGGACAUCAUGUUUGAAAAUAGCAGAGGACUUGGCAAUGGGCCUGGUCUACAUUCAUCAGAAUCCUGGCUUAACGCAUGGGAACUUGAAAUCAUCCAAUGUUUUGUUAGGUCCAGACUUCGAGUCCUGCCUCACGGACUACGGCCUCAGCGAUCUUCAUGAUCCUUACUCGGUUGAAGAUACAAGUGCAGCCUCUCUCUUUAACAAAGCUCCUGAAUGCAGAGACUUACGCAAGGCCUCAACACAACCCGCUGAUGUUUAUAGCUUUGGAGUCCUCCUUCUAGAGCUUCUAACAGGUAGAACUUCAUUCAAGGACCUUGUUCAUAAAUACGGGUCUGAUAUCUCCACAUGGGUGCGUGCGGUGAGAGAGGAAGAGACUGAAUUAAGUGAGGAGAUGAGUGCUUCUGAGGAGAAACUUCAGGCUCUUUUGAGCAUCGCGACAGCUUGCGUGGCUGUUAAGCCGGAAAAUCGUCCUGCGAUGAGAGAGGUCUUGAAGAUGGUGAAAGAUGCAAGGGCUGAAGCAGCUCUGUUCUCAUUUAACAGCAGUGAUCAUUCGCCUGGGAGAUGGUCGGAUACGAUUCAGAGCUUGCCAAGGGAAGAUCAUAUGAGCAUCUAAUUCAAGUUGUUGCAGCCUUCUCCAUUGUUUUGAUUUUUGAAGUAGCUAGGGGUUCAUAAUCUUAUACUCUCUCGUAUAAUAUAUGCUUCCUAAAUUG